ACAACCCUUAAAGCAGGAAACUGAAAAAAUGCAGACAACAAUGAUGGGCGUCAAGAACGACAACAUGCACACCGCCGUCGAGCCACAGCGUUUAAGGGACAAAAAGGUAAAGGAGCUCGUUUCCGAAAAGCGGAGGCUGGUGGAGGUUCCUUACACGGCCCCCCUAGGCCACACAAUGAACGCGCUGGUGGCUAACCAGGUGGUGGCGAUGCCGGUGGCUGCACCACCUGGACAUUGGAUUGGUGCCGGUGGAUCCAUGAUAUUAGAGUCUGAUAAGCAUACAGGUUCUGUCAGGAAACAUUAUAUAGGAAUGAUAACGAUGUUAGAUAUACUAGCCCAUAUCGCCGGCGACAACCCUGACGACAGUGACGACCAUUCGAAUAUGGAACAAAGGAUGGCGGUUCCGGUGUCGUCAGUUAUCGGUCAUUGCCUCGAAAGUCUCAGCCUUUGGACACUCAAUCCUAGCACCAGCAUUAUGGAUUGUAUGGAGGUGUUUAGCAAAGGAAUCCAUCGUGCUUUAGUGCCACUCGAUAGUUCCAUGGAAAACGUAUCUGGAGUUGAGCUUGUGGAGUCGGCGUCGUCGUACAGGAUGCUCACACAAAUGGACCUUAUGAGGUUCUUAAAGGGACAUGAGUCCGAUCUCAAACACGUACUCGAUCGAACUCUAAACGAUCUGGGAGCAUUGGUGGAACCCAUCUUCGGCGUCACUGAUCAUACCAAAGUCAUCGACGCCAUCAAAUCCAUGAGAGCUGGUUCUCUCAACGCUGUCCCCAUCGUCGAAUCUUCCAAUCCGGCCACCGAAGAUCACUCACAACUCGUUAACGGAAAAGGAAGGAAGUUGAUCGGUACGUUCUCGGCGACUGAUCUGAGAGGGUGUCCGGUUUCUCAUCUACAGUCUUGGUUGACGGCGAGUGUUAUGGAGUACACCAGGAGCUUGUUGUCUGUGUCUGCUAACAUGGCGGGGUCGUCUCCGAGGGAGCUUGUGACUUGUUAUGCUGAAUCGGCGCUGGCGGAGGUGGUUGAUAAGGUGGUGGUGAACCAUGUUCAUCGUGUUUGGGUCGUGGACAGUGACGGGCGGCUCGAGGGUCUGGUUUCGCUCACGGAUAUUAUCAGAGUGAUUAGAACUUCAUUAUUAGAGUAGAUAAAGCUGUUGAUGUAAAUGAUGGAGUAUAAAUGUGUUAUUGUUUUUGUAUUUCUAGGCAAGUUUCGAUGUGUUUAAUAUGUGAUAUCUGUUUCUUUUGGUUUAGUUAUUAUUAUAUAAUGG